GAUUCAUAAAGCAUCACUCUUAGAGCAGCCCCAACGAACAACCGCAGACUUCAAACCACACACACCACGUUCUUUAUCAGCCUUUUUGGCCCCACCAUAGGUUCUUAGACUCCUGACUCUUCACAUGUUCUGUCUUUGGCGCAGAGCAUAUUUAGCUCUUGCAUUCCCCGCCCUGUCCGUUGUAGGCGUCAGCCCGAGUUCGUUCCUCGGGGACAGCCUUAUACGACACAAUCCAGUUCAGAAUGUUCUUGAACACGAAUCUGUUCGAGGAGAACCACUCUGUCAACAUUCGACAACUGGUCCAAUAGAAACCACCUUAUGCGAUUACGAGACGAUAGAGAGUGUGAAUGGGGAGUUAUAUAACGCGCUCAGUGAAUUAGUGAAGAUGCCAUUCUUUAAAUAUUUCCAGGUGGAUCUCUAUCGUGAAUGCCCUUUCUGGCAAGAGAAUGGGUUCUGUAUGAAUAGGGAGUGUGGCAUCACUACCGUAGAUGAGAGUGAGAUACCAGAAAAGUGGAGAGCGGCAGCUCUGAGCAAGAUAGAAUUGCCACCCUUGGAAGAGCGCGUCCCUCUUCCUGGAUGCUAUUAUCGCGAUUCUGAUUUUUGUUUCCUCGAUGACAUGACAGAGGGCGAAUACGUCGACCUGACCCUGGUCCCUGAGCGUUACACGGGUUACUCAGGUCCCUCAGCGCAUCGGGUCUGGAAGUCGAUAUACGAGGAAAAUUGCUUCGGCCUCUCAGAGCUGAACCUGUUAACUACUCGUUCUCCCGCACAAGUCACUCUUCCUGAUACCCUUACCGAUGUCUUGCGAGAGCCCAUGGCAGGAGAAGACUCGGAUGGCGAAUGUCUCGAGAAGAGGGUGUACUACAAGAUUAUAUCAGGGUUGCAUGCUUCUAUCUCAACUCAUAUUUGCUUGGAAUAUCUUAAUCAAACAACCGGAGAUUUGAGCCCGAACCUUGAGUGCUUCGUCACCCGCGUCGCCUCUCACCCUGAGAGACUUCAGUAUAUCUAUUUCAACACUGUGCUCCUCCUGCGUGCUGUAUCACGCAUUGGUCCAUACCUACGUGACUACGACUACUGUUCAACGUCCAUAUCCACGCCUCACUCCCACGUGCUCGCUGAGGACCUCCAGGAGGAAGCCAAAACACUUGCGACUCUCAACAAGGUUAUUGAUAUCGCAGAGCAUGUCGGUAAGUUUGACGAGCGAGUAUUGUUCAGAGGCGAGAACGCGAAUAUCUUGAAAGAAGAGUUCAAAGUGCAUUUCCGAAACGUUUCAAGGAUCAUGGACUGCGUUGGAUGUGACAAGUGCCGUUUAUGGGGCAAAGUGCAAACUACUGGACUCGCAACCGCGCUUAAAAUUCUCUUUGAGAUGGACGAGACUGCCCUUGAUCCGCACAAAAAUCAGAACCUUCUCCAACGAUCAGAAGUCGUUGCCCUUAUUAAUACGCUACAUCGCUUCAGCGAGAGCUUGCAGGCUGUGGAGACCUUCCGAGAUAUGUGGAAGAAGACUGGCGAAUCUGAUGCCAACCACCUUAUUGAAGAGGCUGCAAAGGCUGUUGUUGGCAAUCCACGAAAGUCACCUCCGCGUGAACCCACAUCAUCCACUGAGGCAUCCGCACCUGCAAAAAAGCUGCAACACCCUCUUCCACCCUCUCCUUCACCCUCUCAUACAGUGCCCCUGGAGACAAUACAGAGCUACUUCCGACAAUUAAUACGGACGUGCAAGAAACACACCCUGUCUUGCUUUGGCUCACUCUCGCAGGUAUGGCAGCAAUUACACGAUACUAUGUUUCCGUUGCGGACAGAACUAUGACCUACCCAGACCUACUUGUUUAAUCUAAUGCAGUGUCACCAUGGACUUAAGCAAUUUCACGUAUUCCUUCGCUUUCAUUUAGUUGGGGAUGGUACUUCCUAAUAUCCUCAUAGUGUGUACGAGAUGCCAGGCAACUUGCCCUUUGAUAUCGAUGCUCAGUAACCACCUACUCGUGGCAACUGCGUCUACUGGCGCGGAAUCGUGCUCGACGCGAUAUGGACAGAUGGGCCAUCGGCCAUGCUGAUAAGACCU